AUGGCACGUAACAUGUCGCCCAGAGAUUUCCCAAAUCGCGUUAAGGCCAGUGCGCAAGAGAUCAGAGACCACGAAAAUGCCAAAUUCGCAACAAAAGUCAUUGAGAUCUUAAAUAGCACUAACUUUCAGGAGCACAUCGUUCCCAUUCUCGAUGCAGGCGUCGACGACUACUGGCUCCCCAUUCCUCGUCAUACCAUAAUGCCCCCAAAACUUGAUUUUCCCCCAUGCCAGGCUUUCAUCAAUCAUCAGUGGUCAGUCCUUGAAAAAUCAUAUGAGCUCAAUGCGUCUCACGUUCCCCUUGGCACCCAGGCCAUGUCGGAGCAGGAUGGGAAGAGAUUCCCCAAGAGCCUCACAUACAAGAGAUACCUUGGACAGGGCGGGGCAGGUAUCGUAGUUGAGGUGCAGGUGGCUGGUGGAAAAUGUUACGCGGUGAAGCGGUUCUCUCGAAGAGCGGAAUACCUCGAGGCCAAGGGUCAGCUGAGAUCGAUCAAAGAGGAAAUUGAAAUUCUCAAGAAGAUCAACCAUACGCAUUGCAUCAAGUUCAUGGGCAGCUACGGCGACGUUGACGACAUCGGGGUCGUCAUGGACCCAGUCGCAGACUGCAACUUGGAGAGUUUCUUAAGUACGUUUAACCACAGUGAGCCUAAUAAUCGCAUGAUGCUGGCAAACUUCUUCGGCUGUCUUGCAAGUGCGCUCAUGUAUCUCCACUACGAGGUCGGGAUUCGACAUAAAGAUAUCAAGCCGCAGAACAUCCUCGUCAAGAAAGACAGGGUCAUACUAACAGACUUUGGCAUCUCGCUAGACUGGAGUAAGCAGGGCCACUCGACCACCCAGGAGGAGGCAAGGCGAAGCCCCAAGUACUGCGCCCCAGAGGCAGCUAGGGACCAACCUCGAAAUCGAAAGUCGGACAUUUGGUCUCUAGGUUGCGUUUUUCUCGAAAUGAGCUCCGUGCUCCGCCGGUUUUCUUCUAGUUACGUGAAGAUGAUACUGGAAGAUCGAGGCCGCGCAAACUUUCGAGACUGUCCGGAGGGGAUCCGGGAUGCCAUCUCGGCCGUGAGAGAGCGGGGCAAAUCGGACAACUAUGACCCCCUGGAGCUGCAGUGGAUUGAGCAGAUGCUACAGCUGGAGAACGAAAUGCGCUGGAAUUCCAAGGAGCUCCAGCUCGCGAUAUCACAGAGUAGAAGCAAUCCUCCGUUCUGCGGGAUAUGCUGCAACAGGCCGGAGCCAACGUGGCACGACCGGUUUUCCACCUCCCGAACUCACGUGCGUAUCGGAUCACCACUUGUUUUGCCUGGAGCGGAGGCUCGGCCGGCGACACGGAGAACAGAGCCAGCUAAACUAUAUGACAACAAUACGAAAAUAUGGCAUACUGUCAAGGUGACACGGGAUAGCAGCGUUUCUGGUGCGUGGAUCUCUAAACGGGUGGUUGACCUGUACCGUUUGCAGCCAUUCCGGACGAGCCAACGGGGGACACUAGACAUGGGAGGGCAGCAGUUUGUAGCAGAUACAGCAGUUGGUGUAACCUUCGCUCCCGACACAGCAAACGAGACUGAGACGGCAGAUUGCUGGGUCACACCGGCCUCAUUCGAUCUGCUGAUUGGCAACACCACCAACCAGAGUGGCUAG